AAUAUAUCGUAAAGAAUAUUUUUACGGGAUGUCUCUUAAGUGGCGGAUCAUCGAUCAACGAAAGGCCGUGCACUCAAACGACACAACCGUUGAAACGCAUGGGUGAAAACGGGUGACAGGUGUGUGCUUGUCAUCGCGUUUGAAUCUGAGAAAAGGGUUAAUUUUGUUGGGUCGUAUCUCGCUGACGCGAUGUAAAACGAUCGAGUGAAAAAGCUGUAAAAUAUUUGUUUACUCGACAUUGUUUUACGACAGAUUUAUAAUAACUGCGAUGCAAAUCACAGCCUCGAAUGAUCCAGUGUUAUCUAUUUUUAGUUGUGGUUGCGUGUAUUUUGUACCGUCACCUUUUUAGCGGACUCGAAUACUAAUAAUAUGCAAUAAGGGAGAAGAGAAAAAAUAACCUGUGUUUAUGAAUAGAUUUAGCUUUUGAUUAUUUCUGAACAAAUCAUAUAAUAAUUUUUGAUACUUGCAGCGGAUUAAUUAGACACAAUGAAGUUGAAAGUGGAUUGCAGACUCUUAUUGUUGAUACUCUUUGUGUCCUUUAAUUGUAAACUUGGGAGUGCAUCUAUACUGGGUUGGAUAUGGGGAAAAACAGAUGAUAAAACUGUUUCAGUCGCUGAUAGUAUACCUUUGAUCUCAAUUCCUUACGAGUCGAUGACAGAAGAUGAAAAGUUCCUCCAACAAGCUGCCAAGUUAACAGAUGUUAAGGUUUCUUCUCCAUUGGAAAUCUGUCAACAUAAAGUUAUUAUGAAAAUCAGAACCUCGUGUUCUGAUAUGUCAGAAGAAGAGCUCGCAAAGCUGAGUGUAAAUCUUCUAAAUUGCCAAUCAGCAGUUGAAGGCAGAAAGAUAUUUCCCUGCACUGAGGAAAUGCCUCUUCAACAGUGUACAACAAAUAUGGAUGCUGACAUGUGGAAUGCAUAUCAUUUAAUGAGUAAUAGAGCAAGAGCAGUUUGUUAUGCAGCUCGAAAUACACAAUUUCGUGCUCUUACAGAGUUAACUGUCAACAAACUGAUGCAAUCUGCGCAUUCUCAAAUCGAAGCAUUGAAAUCUUUGAGGGAAAGUCAAGAUCACCUGCAAGAACAGACAACAAAAGCUCUAUCAUCAUUAUCCGAAGGAAACGAAGCACUCUUGGAACAACAACAAUACUUGAAGGACGCUCAAGUGACAGCUCACAAUCUUGUAACAUCAAAUCUGAGAGACUUAAAUAACGAAAAAGCAUUAAUACGAUCUGGACAUACUCAGCUCGCAAUCAUGGCAGAAGAUAUAAAAAAUAAAUUAGAAAAGGCGCAAAAAGAGCUUGAGCAACAAGCUACUGAGCGUGGUGCAAAUCAUCAAGAAGUGUUGCAAGACUUGAUCAGUAUACAAGAGCAAAUGCAAUCAAUUUGGGAAAAAAUUGAAAGUAGCACUGAUCGUAUAUUAGAUCAACAUGAGAAAACCUUGGAGAAUUACGAGCAGACAAUGCAGAAACUUACACAAAUUAAUAAUACUAUUCAAUAUAUUUGGAAUCUCACGAAUAUUAUGCGCACAGAAAUAGACCAAAAGUUAGGAUGGAUUACCGAUUAUAUUGACGACACUGGUGAACAAGUGCAAAGAAUCUUUCGUAUAGUUUCACAUAUCGCAUAUAUAUUAGUGGCGAUGAUAAUUGCUGCAUUUUUACAAGCACCAUUUUUAACUAGAGUUAGUAUUUUGGGUAUAGUGCCAGUGAAUCUCAUUACUUACUUGAAACAUGGAAUGGAAGCUUCUCUAGAUUUUACAUCUAUGACAGUUUUAAUAUUUGUAAUCACUGGAAUGUAUUUUGUAAUGCUGGGAAUACAACGUAUAUUUGGACCAAACAAUUCAGAAGCAAAGACAGAACCAGCUAAGUCAGUCUGUCAAAAUAAACAUUUGAAUGGAAAUGCACAUAAAUACACAUUAACAUCAUAUUUCAAUUCCAUAGCAAAAACGCAAUUGCAUGAAAAAUUAAUGAAAAAAAUGCGGAAUCUCUAUAAUUUCUUUAUUUUACAAAUAAGUUACUGUAAAGAAAAAAUUAAUGACUUGAUACAUUUGAUCGGUUCUUGGAACAAUCGGCGCAACUUAAACACGCACGAGGAACUCUCCUGUUCAUAUCAACCAUUGAAAAGAAAUCGUGAGGAUGUGUACAACUAUAAACAGGAAUUUUCAGACGAUGACAUGCAACAUGAUUAUUCUUCCAACAUGACACACUCGUCACAUGAGAACUAUUAUAAUGAUAUUAAUGAUAUAACGGACGCGUCCGAAUUGAAACAUCGUAGUUAUUAUAAUAUGAACACAGUGCGAUCUAAAAGUGUCACCCCAUUAGGUUUUUCGAAAAUGGUUUGUAUGGCAAUAACAAGAAACGGCAAAAGAUGUCGAGUGUUUGCUUCACCCGGCCAAUGUUACUGCCAUCAUCAUUCUACUGGCACAUCUAUUAUCAAUGGUCAUCUUGAUUGAAUUCUGUAAAUAGCUAAAUCCUGUUAUAACA